AUGGUGAUGAACCUAAGACCACGUGUGUCACGAGUGGUCUACUUGGAUGACAUUGUUGUCUAUAGCAAUACUUUGGAGGAACAUGUAGAACACUUACGAACCGUGUUCAAGAUCUUGCGAGAGAAUAACCUAUAUGUGAAGAAGGAAAAGUGUUCCUUUGCAAGGGACGAAGUCCACUUCUUGGGACACAUCAUUAAAGAUGGAACUCUCUGCAUGGAUCAAGGAAAAGUGAAGGCUAUCAAAGAGUGGGAACCUCCAAACAAGGUAUCUGAAUUGAGGUCAUUCCUUGGGUUGGCUAAUUACUAUCGGAGGUUUAUCAAGGGAUACUCCGCCAAGGCUGCACCAUUAACUGAUCUUCUCAAGAAGAACCACUCUUGGGAAUGGUCAAAGGAGUGUCAAAAGGCUUUUGAUGAGUUGAAGGCUGCUAUCACAAAAGGACCAGUACUAGCACUACCCGACUACUCAAAGGUGUUUGAAGUCCACACUGAUGCUUCUGACUAUAUGAAGUGGAGAGCUAUGUGA